AUGGGUGGUUUGCCUUUUGCGAUUGGUCGAAAUUUGCUGCGAUGGGCGAAAAAGUGCUGGAAACCGCCAGCUGCUGCACUGAAUUUUUUCAAGGCCUCACUUAGUAAAAAUACAGCCAAGCCGCAGGUCACUUACAUUCAGGCAUUCAUCACGAACAUCAACACACAACGCCAUAACACUCAGUUACUUGCAUCCAAACACAACAUGAUGGACACAUCGUCCGCUCACAGCAACGCACUUGCACCAAGCAAUCCUGCCAGCAACCGUCGCCCGCGCGCUCAAAGCAUGCAACAUUUUAGCGAUAAGUGCUCGAUUCCCCGCGAUUGCUGUACUUCAGGGUCUUUUGUCAGUAAACUUUUUCGAAUGGUUGACACCGAACCUUCUACAAUUGUAUCGUGGUGUCGAGGUGGCAGUGCCUUCUGCAUCGUAGAUCCGAAGAUGAUGGCUGAGCAUUGUCUUCCAAAGUACUUUCGCCAUCGACGCUUUUCAAGUCUGAUUCGCCAGCUAAACUUCUACAGCUUUUAUCGCGUUCAGGAAGGUCAGCUGACUAUCUAUCAACAAUCAUAUUUUCGGAAAGAUCGACCCGAUCUACUCGUGCACAUAAAGCGUCGUGGAGCCGGUAAAGCCAAGGACCCAUGGUUUGAUCCUAUAGCUAAUUCCAGCAAUAAGGCGCCCGAAUCAAAUAUUGUUGUAGCGCCCAUGAGCGGUGUUCAGACUCCAAGAAUGACCCCGACGCCAUUGAGUCUACUUGCCGCGUGCUACUCCCCAAUGGCAAAGUCCGCUGUGUUAGACAACAUGUCACCGGCACUCAAGCCUAUUUUGACUCAGACUUGCCCACCUUCUGUGGAUCUGAAUGGCUCUUGCUUGAGUGAAAGUAUGUCAAAGAAAGAUUUGGACGUCGUGUUUCCGUUUUCAUCAACAAUAAAUAUGAAGAAUGAUUUGCUCGGUGAUUUGAUAGACACGAGUCUGUCUAAGGCGCCGAGCACCUUGUCUGCUCCGUUGGACAUUGACAUCCAGGAUUUUCUCACGGAUGACUGUAACAUCUCGUCAGGCCAGAUUGAUGAUCGCUUGUGUAAUGUCGUCAAUCAAAAUAAAUGCGCAAUGGUUUCACGCGACUGUCUAAAGGUUGACGACUCGCAGAACGUUGUGUCGUCGCCUCUGUUGUCAAGUCAAGACUUAACAAAUUCGGGCAGCUUUGAUAAUGAGGUGCUUAUGGGCCUUGCUAAUGUGGAGCCAGGUGCAUGGGAGGUACCAUUGUCUCCUUUAAAUGACGAGGAAGACGUGGUUCCUUGGCUGGACUUGUGUUUCUAG